UCCAUUAUGGCUUCCCUCCUUUUGUCCCUCUUCAUCUUUUCCCUCUUCUCCACCUCCUUCUCUUCACCUGUUCCCAUUCGCUCAGAAUAUGAAGUCAGUCUCCUUUUUGAGGGCUGGCUAGUUAAACUGAACAAGUCUUACAGAGGAGCCAUUGGAGAAGGAGAAGAGAUAUGAGAUCUUCAAGGAUAACUCUCAAGUAUAUUGAUGAGCACAAUGCCGGUAAUCAUACCUAUACUCUCGCUUUAACUGUGUUUGCUGACCUUACCGUGGAAGAGUAUAGAUCCACUUAUCUACGAAAAUUGCCUCCUCCAUCUGAGUAUGAUUUGGUAAACCAUUACGAUGAUGAGAAUGAUGAUGUGUAUAACUUCAACGAGACGGUCACAGUGCCGAAUUCUAUGGAUUGGAGGGAUUUGGGGGCUGUUCUCCCAGUCAAACAGCAGGGAGGGUGUUUUAGCUGUUGGGCUUUUACUGCGGUUGCUACGAUUGAAGCCAUAAAUCAGAUUGUUACUGGAGAUUUAACAUCUUUGUCUGAGCAACAACUAGUAGAUUGUGACCAUAAAAGUUGUGAUGCAUAUUACAUUCAUAAGACUUACGAGUACAUUCAACAAAAUGGUGGCAUUGACACUGAGCAGGACUAUCCUUACGCUGCUGUCUAUAGCCAGUGCGACACAACCAAGGAAAGUAACAAAGUAGUGACAAUUGAUGGUUAUCAAUGGGCACCCCAAAAUCAAGAGAGACUCUUAAUGGCACGGGUUGCACAACAACCUGUUGGAGUUGUUGUUGAAGCCUACGAAAGGGAUUUCCAGAAUUAUGGAACGGGUGUAUUCAUUGGAUAUUGUGGAAAAAAACAAGAUCAUGCUGUCACUAUAAUUGGUUAUGGCAAUCAAGAUGGUGUAGACUAUUGGCUUAUCAAAAACUCAUGGGGAGAAUUCUGGGGAGAAGGUGGGUACAUGAAAUUAGAACGAAAUACCAGAGAGGCAACUGGUAGAUGCGGUGUUGCUGAGUGGCCCGUGUACCCGAUAAAAUACAAAAAUAUGCGCCAUCCGGUUGGAGCGAAGGAAGCAUAAGCACGCCAUUCUGGUUUAAUUCACACGGAUGGUGAAGGCAAGAUGACGACCAAAUGUUGUCGGUUGACGGCAGUUUGAAUGAAGUAAUAAAGUUCCAAAUGAUUAUUGUCUAAUAAUUUGCUGCAUUUAUAAACUGAAAUUGAGUAUCCAGAACAUUAUUGUAUUUAUAUAAUAAGUAAAAUUUCUGAUAUAAAAGUUUCU